CCAUAGCAAACCUAUCCUGCUCUGGACAGUUCCUGACAUGGACAGAGGAGUCAGCAGAGAGCAUGUUGUCAGACAGAAAAUAAAUUCAAAAAGAAAAGAACUUCCUCUGUAUUAUACAGCAGCUGAUAAGUCAGACCGCAUAUAAAGGAGUCCCAGGCUCAGCUGCAGUCAGGGGACAAAGCCUUAUUGAACAGCACUUAUUCCUUGGACUGAACACUCCGCCAGGAAAGAAGCCAAAUAGAACUUCUGAGGACAGACACAGGUCAUAUAUACAGUCAUGGCUUUCCGUGGAUGUCUUGUUCUGAUUUUCCUUGUGAUGACAAUCAAUGUGUGCAGCGCUCACUGGAUGGGGAGCAGGGACAGACGUAUGCCACCUCCUGUAGAGUCUUUCCUGGAGAAGCUAAGAGGUCUUACAAACCAGAGACUAAAACGGGAUGUAAGAGACAGUGAGACUCAUAUAUCUACUCAGGAAGUCCCAAAAGAAGAUGCACAGACUAGCCAGAAUGCCUUAAGUUCCUUGUUGCACUUGAGAGAGAAACGUUACGCCGCUACCGCCGGUGGUCGCGGCUGUCACUUGGGGACCUGCCAGAUUCAGAAUUUAGCUAACAUGCUUUACCGACUCGGGAACAACAACUACAAAGAUGGCUCCAACAGAGACACUAAAGACCCCUUAGGAUACGGCAGAAGACGUCGUUCCUUGCUCCGGGAGAAGGAACGGACUGGCUUAUCUGAAACAUUACUUGCUACAUAGAUAAAUCUGUUCACUCCACAAGUCAAAGAAGAACCAAUCCUGGUAAAUAAGAUUCCAUAGAGCUGAACUUGUGGUCUUUAGGUUAUCCUGUGGAGUAAAUCCAAAAGCCAAGCUUGGAGACGUAUGCUCCUGGGUAAUCAGGCCGCCGGCGACCUGUCGCAGAACCUGAAGAUUACACAAGCGUGUAGAGAUACAUUUGCUUUUUCAUAGAAGGAACCAAGAUUUGCGCACUGAUCCAAGUGUUAGUAAAACUACCCCCCUCCCCUUUCCUUAUAGAAAACUGAAACUACUAUGCCAGGAGUAUGCUUUCCAACAAUAAUAAUGUAAUGUGCUUUACAGCUACUGUGUAACUCAGUGUGCCAAGAAUAAUAUUAUAAAGUUGUAUCUAGAGUGACGUCAAUGUCAUGCUUCGCAGUUCUUGUGACUGACACAAUGACCGAGUGCUCUCAGCGUGCCUACAGGAUGCAGGUGGGGAAGUAAGGGAAUUGUUGUGCACUUGUGUACUUCUUAGGUUUUGCCGCGGGAAGCGGGGAGAUGUUUACACAAAGACGAGAGGUCAUUACCAAACAUAAUAGUUUCUGUUUUUUUGUCUACCUCUCGGCAGAAGGUCACAAGUGACGAGUAUUUUUUCCUUUGCACUAGAUAGUAGAAGAAAACGGGUAAUGGCAGGAUCCAUGACCGUGUGCUGCAGGGAUAAGGGAGUCAGAGCCCCCUGCUACAUAUGUAGUUCAAUACAAGUAUACAAAAUCGGAACCACAUUUCACCAAAAAGGGGAAUUUCAAUGAAAAAAAAAGAAGAAAAUCACGCUUUUCAAGUUCGAUCUAUUAAAAUAAUAAAUUUAGAGGUGACAUUUUAAAGAGUUGUCCAAAAUUAGAAUUACGUACAGGCUGUGUCUGGUAUUGCAGCUCAGUUCUAUCUUUUUUAAUGGGCUUGGUUGCAGUACCAGCAACAGCCUAUGAGUAGCGCUGUUUCUUUGAGAGAGAAAAAAGAAUAAUGUAUUUAUUUUUAAUCUCUUACUACCCCCCAUUACAUUUAUUGCACUAUAGAGGAACACGCCGAGCUAUUAGAAUGGGUCCAGUGAGUCUACUUCUCUACUAGUUGGAGAUGAAAGCCGAAUCCAGCAAUAUUAAGCCUAAAUUGUUUGACAAAAUCACAUUACAAAUUUAGCACAUUACAAAGUAAGCUGUAGACCAGUGAACCCAAGCUGUUGCAAAACUACAACUCUCAGUAUGGUUUAACAGACAUGCUUGGAGUUGGAGUUUAACACCAGGCAGUAGCUUACUGCUGUGCCCUAUAAAACCAAUAGGAUAUCUUUAUUUUAGUAGUAAGGUCUACAAUAAGAAAAAGAAAUAGUGGUUGCUAUGGGUAAUAGCACAUCUCUGCUCGUUACACAAUACUACAGAGUAUCGUAUCUCAUUUCCGAAGAUAUUACCACCCCAUAAAUCCUCAGAUCUGAAGACUUAUCCCUCACCAUAGACAGUUCCUUCAAGACGGCCUUCACCUGAUGUGUCCAUGAGGACAGGCGGCCACCAGAGCACUGUGUAGUAGAUUUCACUGUAAAAUAUGAGGUUUUUUUUUCUGGAUAAGAUUAUAUUGUAAACAUAUCGGAGAUGUAAAUAUAUCUAUUCACACUCUACAGAUAUUUAUAGUUUUUAUGUUUUUUUUGUAAAGUAUUUUAAGUUAAUAUUUCUAAGUUAUAAAUGGUUGGGAAUUAUUGAUUUUAUAAAGCUAAUAAUUAUGUGUUGAUACUUUGCGUACAUGGAAUAACAGUAUGUAUGAUGUUCACCCA